GAAAGAUGUUAUGGGCUUAUUUCGUGAUGUGUUGGGGUGCUGGCUUAAUGGCAUUGUUAGGUAAAUGGGCUUAAUGUGCACUAAUAUACUCUCGGACAUUACUUUAUAGAUUAAAAUAAGUCACGUAAUUAAAGACUGCAUGCUGUAGAUUCAUUCGGGUAAAGCAACGCCUCACCGAGCCCUAUGCCGUCGCUUAAGCAAGGAUGCAGCGCCAACGCUUGUCUCCUUGUGGAGCAAUUAUAUGUUACGUAACUGCUGACUCAGCGCGCCGAUCCGGAGCAUGAUCUUGUUUUACAAAGCGAUUCUGGAACUUCCACUCCUUACGCCAGCAUGCUUUCUCACAUAGUAAAGAACGUCAGACCUGUGGUGCUGAGGCCAUUUGCCCCAAGAUUGGUGGCCAUCAGACUGUAUGCCAACUUCAACGAGUACACUCCUGGCCCACCAAAAUUGCCAGAAGAAGAACAAAAAGAGUUCGAGAAGUUGCAGAAGAUUGCCAACUCCCAGAUCGCCAUCGAAGAGUACAACGAACAACUCGAGCAAAAGGGUGGAGACUUCACCCCCAAGGAGUUUGAACCCAGUGCCACUGACAUUGGGACCUUUGCCCUGUUCAAGACCAUUCCCGAGUUCGAGGGUGAUGUGAACCCCAAGACUGGAGAAAGAGGUGGCCCCAAGCAGGACCCCUUGAAGCACGGGGACGAGUGGUCGUACAACGGGAGAGUCAUUGACUUUUAGGAGAGUCUAGCUGUGCUAGAAUAAUCACUGGUUAAAUUAUUCCUAUAAGUAUCUCUGCAGUUAGAAUGCGUUCUACUGUUACUAAUUUAAUAUAAACGUCACAUUUGAAGUCUCUGACAUCAAACUGUCAGA